AUGGCGUCCCCAUUGCACAUCAAUGAAAGGGAAGCUGAAGAUAGACUCAGCGCACUUGCUGAUGGCAUUCUCCUCAAUAUCCUGCAUCGCCUUGACUUGCAAACUCAAAUUCUGACUAGCACCCUCUCGACGCGAUGGAGGCUCCUCCCUUCUUUGCUCACCGAUCUCAUCACUGAUCUGUGCUCCAUCGGCGAUGGGGUCGGCAGUGUUGCUGAGCGUGGGAGCACCAAGUUCCUAGAGUUCGUCGUAAUGACGGAAAAGCAUGACCUGCAAUGCAGUGAGGAGGAGAACGUGCAGUUUGGACAGCGCUUCAUGGGCUUUUUCAGCUCCUGUCCCUCUGCGUUCAGGUGGCUCACAAACCUCUUCAUUCAGAACUUCAGAUUCGACGAACAGGACGUGCCGAACAUUAAUGCGCCUCGCUCGCAGUUGAUGGAACUGGUCUUUGACAUCUGUAGCUAUAUACGAGUUGAGCUCAUCCGGAUUUGGAUUAAACCUGAAGAUCCCAAACAACUCUCUCGUAUUUUCAGCAAUCUGAGGGAUUUAUACCUAUGCGACGUCUUUUCUGAAUGCAACCUCGAGUGGAUUCUCUAUAUCCUUGAAGCCGCACCUUCUCUGAAGAAUUUCUUUCUCACAGUAUCACGUCAUGUAUGCGGAAUGAACAUCUAUGAAGGCAAUCUUCAGAGGACCAAUCUUCAGUGGGAAGCAUCAUCUAAUUUUAAGCAUCGCAGCUUAAAUUUAUUGGACAUCGAAGGUUUUGAGGCUCCUUUAGUGUCUAAUUUUCCAGGGAGGAGAUUGAUACGGAUCUAA